CUGUGAUCAUUAAAUCAUAAAUUAGAUUUGAAAAAAUUAUGUUGGAGCAGAAAAGUAGAACAUGCUUUUGGAGUAGCUUUGUGCGCAUGAGUGAAGACAUGUCAUGUGCAGUGACAGUAGCGCAGUAACUUCGCUAGUGAUUCUUAAACAUUGUUGUAACAACGGCCGAAAGUUAUUUAAAAAAUAGGGGUUUCAGUCGCUUACACUAUUUUUAGUGAAAUUAUACGAAAAAAAAGGAUUGAGAGUUUAUUAAGACUAUUUUAGUGUUUAUGUGAUGAGCACAAGGUAAACAAGUACUACGAACAGUUAAAUGACAUUUUGUUUUGAGGUUAUGAAACAUAUGCGGAUUUUAUUAUUUAUUAAUUUGACUGACUUCAUUAAAUUGAAAGUCCUCAAUUAAGAGAGCCUAUUCAUAAACAAGUGUAGUGAAAUGAAUCGAAGGAUGCCCAGGAUGGGUGGAUUUAAUCAUUAAAUCAUCACUUUCAAGAAAUUUACGUGAUCCAAAAGUAAGGUUGCAAAAGGAAGAAGAAUCAGAAAGAAAUCGGGGGCAAGUUUUGAAGCGAUUUUUUUUCUUAAAAAUGGCAUUCUUAAGGAAAGAUAUUGAACUGCCAGCUGAAAUUCCACCAUUAUUGUUGGAAAAGCAUGCAAAUUAUCUCCUUUCGUAUGGAAUGAACAAAGACGAUUAUACAUAUUGUAUGACAGAGCACUUAAGGAUGUCAGGAAUGUACUGGGGCCUGACAGCUCUGGAUCUUAUGGGUCAAUUGGAUCGCACAAAUAAAGAGGAAGUUUUAGAAUUUAUACAAAAAUGCCAACACGAUUGUGGAGGAAUUGGUGCUAGUAUCGAUCACGAUCCUCAUUUGUUACAUACUUUAAGCGCAGUCCAAAUACUUUGUACAUUUGAUAAUUUGGAUGUGAUUAAUGUCGACAAAGUUGUAAAGUAUGUAAAGGAAAGACAACAACCCGAUGGAAGCUUCACCGGGGACAUUUGGGGUGAAAUAGACACCCGGUUUUCAUUUUGUGCAGUCGCUACCUUGUCCCUCUUGGGACGAUUAGAUGAAAUAGACGUGGAAAAGGCCGUAGAAUUUAUAAAGAGUUGCAUGAACUUUGAUGGGGGGUUUGGUUCAAAACCAGAUUCUGAAAGUCAUUCUGGUCUAAUUUAUUGUUGCGUUGGUAUGCUAUCGAUAACAGGCCAUUUGCAUAUAAUAGACCAAGAUAAAUUAGGAUGGUGGUUAUGUGAAAGGCAAUUAAAUUCUGGUGGGCUAAAUGGCAGGCCAGAAAAAUUACCCGACGUUUGCUACUCUUGGUGGGUUCUCUCUUCUCUUGCGAUUUUGGGCCGUUUGCAUUGGAUAGAUAAAGAUCGAUUGCUGGAGUUUAUACUAUCGUGCCAAGAUGUAGAAACUGGGGGAUUCAGUGAUCGACCCGGUGAUAUUGUGGAUCCAUUUCACACCUUAUUUGGCUUGACGGCUGUAUCUUUGUUAGAAGCCGAGCCGACUUUAAAGGCAAUUAAUCCUACUUAUUGCAUGCCACAUUACGUCAUAGAUCGUCUAGGUUUGAAACCAACUCAAUUAGAGAGAUGACUUAUGACCGAGUGAGCCUUUUUUGAAUAUUAUAUCCAUCUGAUACGUACCCGAACCAGAAGAUGGCAGCACUCAGUUGUUAAACCAAUGAGAACAGUUCGAAAGCAAAGCUAUCAGGAUUCAAAAAUUUGCCGCUUAAAAAACGAAAUCAUUUUUUCAGAAAAAGGAUCAAACUUUUUGAAAUUGAAAUUUGUUGGUUGAAUCUAGGUGUAGAUUCUUCGCUCAAUAAAAUCACUCUUCACAUUUAAAAAAUUAUAUACUUUUUCAUAUUUUCAAGCCUAAUAAAUGGACCACUGGAAUGUCUAUUCAGUUA